AUGUCAGACUCUGGUAUAGAAUCCAAUGAUUUUGUUCCUCCUGUUUUGUCUACUGAUCAAGAUGAAAAUACCUUCAGUUUCCAAAAAUAUUCUACUACAGAGAAAGAAAGAGAGUUUUAUCUAGGUAAAUAUACGGAGGAUGAGCUUAAAGAAAAGAUAUUUGACUACUACAACCUUAAGGGUUUAAUUCAAUAUUUUAAAAAUCAUCCAGAAUACUAUAAGGUGACAUUACAGUUUCCAGAUUCUUUAAUUCACGAUUCAACUAUAGUUGUAGGAAUAUUACAAGAAGUCUUAAACAAUGAAGUUCCAAUUUUAGGUCUUGAAAAGGAUAUGAAUGAAAAUAGUACGACACCAGAUAUGAGUACAAGAAAAUUUUGGGUAUUAGCUGAUACCGCGUACAGUGCUUGUUGUGUUGAUGAAGUUGCAUCGGAACAUGUACAGUCACAAAUAGUCGUUCACUUCGGAGAUGCAUGUUUGAAUGCAAUUCAAAAAUUACCAGUUGUUUACUCGUUUGGUAACUCCUAUUUGGAUACUUCAAAGGUCAUUGAAAAAUUUAAAGAUCAAUUUGAUGAUCAUGAUGCUAAGAUUUGUUUGAUGGCAGACUUCCCUAACUCUCAUAAUAUUACCUCGAUUUACAAAGCCCUAUUAGAAGAAAAUUACAAAAACCUAUACUUAUCAAGUAUCAAUCCAGAGCUUGCUAAUGACAAAGUUACAAUUUUAGGAAAUUCUGAAUUAGAGCCAUCUUUAAAAAUGGUACAUACGUUUGGCAAUAGAGCAUUAUACACAAUAGAUACCAACUUUAAAAAUUUCAAUGAUGAUCAACUUCGAGAGGAAUUUCAAUUAUUUCACAUAUCUAAACCAAUGGAUCCCCAUUUAUUAUAUUUAACUACAAUGUUUCAAUCUGUAUCAAUUUAUGAUAUUAAAGACGAUACAAUAAUGAAUGGACCAUUUCCUUCUCUAAUGAAACGUUAUAAAUAUAUGCAUGUAGCAAGGACAGCAGGUUGUAUCGGUAUAUUGGUUAACACUCUUUCGUUAAGAAAUACAAAAGAAACAAUAAGCAGAUUAUCCAAGUUAAUUAAGGAUAAUGGGAAAAAGCAUUAUUUAUUCGUAGUUGGCAAACCUAAUGUAGCAAAAUUAGCAAAUUUUGAAGCAGUGGAUAUUUGGUGUGUGUUAGGUUGCGGUCAAAGUGGUAUUAUACUUGAUCAGUAUAAUGAAUUCUAUAAGCCAAUUAUCACUCCAUAUGAAUUAACAAUGGCUCUAAACGAUAAAGUGACCUGGACAGGGAAAUGGUUAGUUGAUUUUAAGCAAGUCCUAAAUGAGAUAGAAAAAGGAGAAGAAGAAAAAGAAGAAGAUAACAUUAAUGGUGUGAGCUAUAACAAUGAAGUAAAUGAAGAUAGCUUGGUUCCAGAGUUUGAUGCGGUUACAGGUAGAUAUAUCAGUACUUCUAGACCCUUGAGAAACAUAACACAUUUAUCAAUUGACAAUCCUAAUGAUAACUCCAGUUCAUCUACUAGUUUGAUCAAAAAUGUCUCAGGAGGUGUGCUUAUCAAAGGUACAGUCUCCACUUCUGCAGAAGCUUUGCAAAACCGUGAAUGGUCUGGUCUAGGUAGUGACUUUGCACAACAAGACGGCUACGAAGAAGAAGGUGCUACAUUAGAGCAAGGUAUAGGCGGUGUCGCCCGUGGUUAUGGAUUUGACAGGAAUCGUAACUAA